AAAAAUAAACAUUGAUAAUUAGAUUUUUUAAUGUUGUAUGUCACGUUAAAAUGUAAUAACUAAAUUUGGUAAAUUAAAUGACUUAGGCUAGUCUUUCUUAAAAAGAUGGAUGGAUGGAUGGAUGGAUAGAUAGAUGGAUAGAUUGAUUUCCUAUUAUGGACUGAAGACCUCUCCAGGUCCAGGGUGUACCUCACCUCUCCCUUGUUGAUGCUUAUACCACAAGGGAUAAGCUUGUUGGAUAAUGGAUGGAUAGAUUUCAGUUUUGCAGUAUUCAUUUGUGUUCAUUUAAUGUUAAUACAAAUUUUGUAAGUUCUAAGGCAUAGGUAAUAAAAGCAUUUAUUACUUAUACCAGGUGACAACUAAAUGGUGUAUCAUUCUAAAAUUUUAAUUUGAAAAAAAAAAUCAUCAUAAUAAUCAGUGAAAGGGCAGAACUUUGUUCACAUGUAUAGUUAUGGGUGGCUCUAGACAGGGGCCAACAGGGGCCAGUGCACCUGUUAUAGCCCCUGUACUGAAGAGAUGAUAUUAAACAGAUGUCUUAGGAUAACAAGAGCUGGAACAGAAAUUGUAACUAAUUGGACCCUUGAACCAAUUUCAUUUUUAACUUCAUAGUUUUACUUCAACGGUGAAUUAAAAAUUAAGGUCUUGCACUUUUAAGAUGUAUAUUCACACCUGACACAUUUGUUCCACUUUAAACAGAUCAGAGUUUGCGUCUUACAUUGGACCUUUUGUGCAGGUCUGAAUACACUCAAGCGAACUCUUAUGUUGACCAAAAUGUUGGACUGAAACUGAAUUUUUGAGGUGGUCUCAGUCCGUUUCGAAAUAUAUGCUGGUGCCUUUUGCUUAUGGUGAAUGCAGAUCAGCCUCGAUCUGAACCAACUACAGGAAGUGGACAUCUUUUCAAACUUUAUGGUCCGCUAUUGUUGGGCCCGAUGGCAAAGAUGAACUAUUCUGUGUUGCUAACGCUAAUGCAUGUACUAGUGGUACUGAAAUCGUGCCGUUUUUUGAUUUCUUAUUGCUGCUGCUACUAACAUGUGGUGGGUAGAGCAUGCAAAGCAUCUCAGCUGGCAGCCCCCAUUUGAUGACAGCGUUCCAAAAUUACAAACAUCCCAUUGCGAAACCUGCAUUGAAUGAGCUGCUUCUGACAUUGAAGAUGAUGUUGCAAUUGUAAUAGCACAAAUGUGCACUACAGGAAUGUAGCAAUCAGGACUUCCAAAGUUUGUUUUCACUUGGGUCUGGACUCUGUUCCGCCUCCAUAAUUUCUAUCAAAUGGGAGCAAUUAUUGUAACCUGUAUUACUUUGUGUACAAAUUACAGUCUGCUAGAACAAUGGGAAAGUAAAAAAAAAAAAAAAGUUCACUUUUGUUCCUGCCCAAACAAAAGUAUCCAACAACUUUUCUGGUUUGAAUUCCCCCUUAGCUUCAGCCGUUUUGAGAUAAGAUCACAACUGUCAUCUGCUGGAUCACCAGUGUGCAAGCUGCAGCUACAGAGCCACAAGUAGCUCUUUGAGUCUGUGACUCACUUUAUAUAGUCAACAAUUAAACAUUUCCCCGUUUUUUUGUUUCAUUCUUUUGUUUUGUGCCCUAGGGGAGGACCCUCCCUGCCACCCUGCUAUAUUUAGUCGCAAAUCUCCAUCUCUUUGUCCAAAACUCUGAAUUAAUGUUUUAAUCUUGAGCAGGUCACAUAUUGUGCAGUACUUGACCCCAACUAAAGGUUCAAGUAUUAUCCUUCAUGAUACCAAACACAUCCUGUCUUGUCUUUACAUGGCCUUAUCUGGCUAAACCAUAAAGUCUGUGUUAUGGUACAGAUUUCAACUACACUGACUAUAAAUUUUAGCACAGUAAUAGACAUGUAGAAGCCCCAGAUCUGUGUGAACAAAGUUUCUGUUGCAAUUCAGAAUGCAAAGAAUUAAAUUGUUUAAAAUCAAAAGAAGCAAAAAAGACAAGAAUGCAAAAAAUCAACAAGUCUGGGCACAAAUUUUACACAUUUAAUAAGCUCAAUUUGUCAGACAAGAAGAUAAUGUAAUUUUUAUUUCUGUUAAAAUAGGGCCCAUCAUGUUUUUUUCACAACAUGGAAAGAUCUCACUGAAACGUUUCUCUGACAGUCAAGUACAUAUUUAACUGUGUAAUACUUUAACUGUAAAAUCACAAAAGUGAUGGAUUUUAAUACAUUUAAUCAGAUGUAUUAAAUUAUUGGGAAAUUAUUCAACACCCUAACAAAGAAUAUAGCAAAAAAAGCACAAUAAGCUUAACAGAGAAGGCACACUGCCAUAUAGGACUUAUUUAUAACAUUUGACUAAAAUCAUACAAAGAUUGCAAAAUACUCACUUAUUUUCAACACCCAGCUGAUCCUGUGUACAGUCACAAAAGAGCCAAGUAUAUCCUAGAAGUGGGGACCAAUAUGAAUAACUUGACAAUGCAUCACAAAAUGAAAAAAAAAAAAAAAAAAAACAUGAGCAAAAUAAUCACUGUUUCACAACAAGCUUUGAAGUUUGGAAAUAUUCUGAAAGAAAACUGGUUUCAAAUAAAUUUGUGCAAAGUAUACCUUUAACAUUCAGUGUCUUUAGUGCACAGCAUCUACAUUUCAAAGUUGAGUGUUAGUUUGAAAUCAUGUAGUUACAUAACAUUACUGCAUAAUGUUGAAGCUUUUGACUUUUAGGUGGUAAGGUAUGUUCUAACUUUUGUCAUAUUUUCUCUGACAGUUAUAGCAAGUUUACUAGAAAGCUGAGCUAUCAAAACGUAUUCUUUGGAUUUUCUCAACUUUAAGCUAAACAUACCUCAUAGCAUUAUUUCUUCUUUAUGUUUUUUUAAUUGUGGCCUUUAACACAGUAAGCAUCUUAAACCUACCUAACUUUUGGAAACACAUUAAAGUCAAACAUUUUCAUUUAGGAAUGUAUGAAUGAACUGAAAUAAGUCUUUUGUGGUAAUUUUACAAAUUACUUAAUCAAAUGUAAUUUUUACAUUUUUCUAUGUAAAAACAUUUUUAGUUUUGAUCGUCAUGCUUUGUUUUUCUUUACCUUUUUUAGUUUUACUAGAUUAAAGAGAUGAAGGAGCAAACUUUACAACUUCAUAAUAGUUUUUUCUUUCCAAACCACCGCAUAUUCCAGGAGUGAUGAACAAAAUAAAAACUUUUAUGAGAAAUAACAAGCGUAUAAUGACCAAUUAUUAAUUAUGUACAUUAAUACUGUAAGCGUAGCUUCCAAAUAAUUACGUAGAAGCAUAUUUAUUCCGCUUCAUCAACUUUUAUCAAGUCCAGUUACGACUAAAUGAAUAUUAAAAUGGUUUGAAAAUCUAUUUUUUUAUUUUAAUGAAGACUGUUCAUGCUCUUUAUUUCUCAGCUCCGGAUAACGAAUUUUUGAUGAGGUCAUGUUAUCGCGAUAUGUUGUCUGAUGAGGGGAUGAGAGACGUUGUGCACAAUCAGUGCGUCAUUCCUGGGAAGAAACUCCUUUUGUAAGGAUUUGCGUUGUGUUUUGCGCUUUCAAGUAAAAGACCUGAACCAUCCGAACCGGCUCGUCACAAUGACGGAGCCUGUCAAACGGCUUUGCAGGACCGGGUAUGUGUUCCCGUUUCUCUGUCUUUUUGCCACAUGGAGUGUGGUGCUGUCAGUUACUCAUUAUUCUGUACCUGAAGAAAUGGAGGAGGGAUCUGUCGUUGCUAAUUUGGCGGCUGAUUUGGGACUAGAAGUGAAGACGCUGAAGUCGAGGAGGAUGCGCGUAGAUGUGGUAGCCAAUAAAAAAUAUCUUGGCAUCAACAAAGACACGGGGGAGCUUUAUAUUUUGGAAAGGGUUGACAGGGAGUUUCUGUGCCCGUCGAAAACUACUUCACAUUGUUUCCUUAAAUUAGACGCUACAAUUGAGAACCCAAUACGUAUGUUUAAUAUUGAGGUGGAAGUAACAGAUAUUAAUGACAACGCUCCUCAUUUUAGAAGAGGAACGAUGCAUUUGGACAUCUCAGAGUCGAGUCCUGUUGGAGAGAGAUUCUCGCUGAACAACGCUGCUGACCCGGAUGUUGGAACGAAUUCUGUAAAAAACUACCAUCUGAGCGCAAGUGAUAAUUUUGCUAUUGAAAUUCAGACCGGGAGAGACGGAACGAAGUUUGCCGAUUUGGUUCUGAAAAAGGCUCUGGACAGAGAACAGCAGGCUGUUCAUAAUCUGAUUCUGACCGCUGUGGACGGCGGGGUGCCCACGCGCACAGGUACAGCCAGCAUUAUUGUUCGCGUGCUUGAUGUGAACGACAACGCCCCUUCAUUUGACAAAGACCAGUAUGUUGUAGAUGUGAUGGAGAACUCGCCCAUUGGAAGCUUAGUGAUCAAACUGAAUGCUACUGAUUUAGAUGAAGGCUCCAACUCUGACAUUAGUUACUCUUACAGUUUAUACACGUCAGAGAGAACCCAGAUGAUGUUUAAUCUGAAUCCAGAAAAUGGUGAAAUCAGAGUAAAGGAAAUGAUAAAUUAUGAAGAUUUAAAACUGUAUGAAAUGGAGGUGAUAGCCAGUGACAAAGGACCUACCUCCUUAUCUGGACAGUGUAGAGUUACAAUCCAGGUGACUGAUAUGAAUGACAACCAUCCUGAAAUUUCUAUAAAAUCCUUUCAGAGUCCAGUAAAAGAGAAUGUGGCCACAGACACAGUGAUAGCUGUAGUUAGUGUGAGUGAUAAAGACUCAGGUGAUAAUGGACAGGUUGAUCUUCAUAUUCCAGAGAACAUGCCUUUCAAACUGAGGGAGUCCUCUGAUAACUAUUAUGAGUUAGUGGUGUCAGAGCCAUUAGACAGAGAGAAGGUCCCAGAAUAUGAAAUCACCUUCACUGUCACAGACAGAGGGUCUCCUCCUCUAUCUGACAAUGAAACUAUGACUUUAGAGCUGCUGGAUGUUAAUGACAAUGUUCCUCAGUUCUCCCAGUCAUUUUAUACCAUACGUGUCAUGGAGAAUAACGCACCUGGCUCCUUGCUCAGCUCACUCACUGCAUUUGAUCCUGACCUCCAUGAAAACCAGUAUCUAGUUUAUUUCAUCAUAGAGAAGGAGAUUGCCAACACCUCCAUGUCUAUGCUGUUCUCCAUCAAUCCAGAGAACGGGAAUCUUUAUGCACUGAAAACCUUUGACUAUGAGAUUGAGAAGGAGUUUCUUUUCCACAUUGAGGCCAGAGACUCUGGUUCUCCUCCUCUCAGCAGUAAUGUGACCGUCCACAUCAUCGUUGUUGACCAAAAUGACAACGCUCCAGUUAUUGUCUCUCCUUGGCGCGCUCAUGGCUCAGUGGUGGAGGAGAAGAUCCCCAGAUCCACUGAUAAAGGAUCCCUGGUGGCUAAAGUGAUCGCCUUAGACACAGACUCUGUGCACAACUCUCGGAUUACCUACCAGUUUCUCCAGGUGACUGAUGCUUCCUUGUUCAGCUUGGACCAAUACAACGGAGAGAUCAGGACUAUGAGGAUGUUCAGUUACAAAGACUCACGCCACCACAGACUGGUUGUUGUUGCCAAGGACAACGGGCAACCUGCUCUCUCUGCUACAGUCACCAUCAAGCUGCUGACAGUGGAGACUGAUGUUAAGGCCUACUCUGACAUGACUGAGAUGCCUCUGGAAUACGACAUCUUUUCAGACAUCAACCUGUAUCUGGUCAUCGGUCUGGCCUCGGUGUCAUUUCUCCUGCUCAUCACCAUCCUGGUCACCAUCGUGCUGAAGUGUCAGAAACCCAAACACAGCAAAACUGCUCCUCCCAGCAGGAACAGUGUGAUCAGUGAGAGGAACUCCACCAUCGCAGACUCCACUCUGGUCUCCAACGAUGCCUACUGGUACAGUCUGUUUCUAGCAGAGACCAGGAAAGGAAAGCUGGUGGUCAGACAGCCUGUGCCAAAGGGCUCCAGAUACAUUGUGUCCAGCAUCCCGAGAGGGACAGGACUGUCAGAGACUAGUGACUCAGCUGCUUCUACUCUGCAGUACCCUAAAUGAGGAAGGUCCACUCAGCAGCUGGAGGCCUCCACUACAAGCAGCAACAGCUCCAAGUAAUUCCAGUCCUUCAGCUGUGGAUAUGGUUUUUUUGCCAGCAGCAAAAGCCUGGUGGAAGAAAAGAGGAACUCCGUUUAGAGAUCCACCCCCAUGGAUACGCCCUCCUUUGUCUCGUUCCUGUUCCUUACUCUGUGCAGUCGUCAUGCAACUCAAAUGAAUCAGACCAGAAAACAUACCCUGCACUCUCCCAUUCUUUGAACACAUAAACCGCAGAUCAACAACGCCAUGAUGUCCAUACCUAUAUGCAUGAACAGACUGCAUGGCUUCAACUUAUAUUUAAAAUAUUGUAAAGAUGAGGUCCUGAGAAAUGUGCACUCUGAGUUUGUACAGAAGGCACAACAAGUAUUCCAAGAGAGGACAUGGAAAGGUUGAAAUGCCCUUAGAGACUUUUUAUGUUUAGUAGAAAGAAGCACAUGUUGGAAUUUACAAUUGAGUCCUUUGUGUCCUGCCUUGCGCCAUACAAACACUGAUGUAUAAUAUCAGAGGUAAAAUACAGCACAACUAACUAAAUAUUCAAAAAGCAUUGAAUAAAAUUUAAAGUAAUUAAAUAGUCAGCAUUUUGUAAAUGUGUUUACUGUUAGCUUAAUCAUGUUUACUUGUGUUUUAUAAGUUAGCCAGGCCUAAAUACGUGAAAGUGCCAAGUCCAUCAUAAGCACAAAUGAAUAGAAUUGAGGCCUUUCUUCAGCCAUCAUGCCUUUCAGUUGUUUUCUGCAAGAAACAAUAGAGUAAGACGUAUCAAAUAUGUUAUUUUCUGCAAUUACGACAGACAUUUUUUUUUUGUUGUUCUUUUAACAGAGAUGAACAAUUAGAUUUCAUGGGACCAGAGUCAUGCGGUGCGAUGUUUUGUUUUGUUACCUCAGUUUAGGACGAAGCAGCACAUUGUCAGCUUAGUUGAUUCACAAAUGUAACAUUUCUCAUAACAUAAAGUUGAAAUGUCACCAUGUUUGAAGGUUUUGGCUAUUUGAACAUUGUUAAAUAAGUCUUGGGGUUUCAGUGAGUGAGCGACUAUGAGAGAACAGACUGAUUUGUUAUAUAAACUGUAUUUAUAUCAGGAUUUACUUAUUUGAGUUUGCAAGCAAAGCUCUAAGUUGGCUUACUUUCAGUGUAUCCAGUGAUGCAGCCUGUUAACAUUUAAUGUUGACUUUACAAAACUGGAACAGCAAAUUGUACAUGUGGGGUUUUUUUUCACUCAAUGAAAGCUGUGUUUAUGUAUUUUACAAUACUGUAUGUAUCUCCUUAAGGAAUUCAAAACAACAUGCAACUUCUACAAAGCCCAGCCUGUAAUUGAGUUCAUGUGUGAGGUUUUGGACAUUCGCAACAUUGAUGAGCAGCCCAAGACCCUUACAGACUCACAGAGGGUUCGCUUCACAAAGGAAAUUAAAGGCCUGAAGGUCGAGGUGACGCACUGUGGGCAAAUGAAGAGUAAAAGAUUCGGUAAAAGAUUUUUAGUAAAAGAUCAGUAAAAGAUUUUUAAGCCUCUUUAAUGUGAACAGAAUUAUGUGCCAUCAUAUUUAAGUCUGUGUAUGCAGGAACACAACCAUGUUGUCAAACUCUUUAGUACAGCUUGUGUUUCUAUUUGGGUGUAAUGUGUUGAAUCAAAACAUAUAUGGUAAAUGCUUUGGUACAGUGUUACUUUCAUGGUGCAACAUGUAGACAGUGUGAGUUAAUUGUAUACUGUAGUGUGUAUGAAGAAUUACUAAAAAUAAAACAAUAAAAUUUCA